GACCGGUGUUCCUCGACCGCACUCAACUGGCUGGACCUGCCGACAUCUCUCGCGUUUGCCCCUUCAAAACCUUACACAUCCGAUCUCCAAACCCAGGCACAUCCCAACCCCCCUCAGCAGAAAAGCAAAGCGUCAGGCGUCAAAAUCGUCCAACGAUGCGGGCCCUGGUAUGCGGCAGGCAAGGGCGCAGGGUCACUUGGUUCGUCCCCCUACCCAUACCUACCACAUUCCCCAAUAUCAUCGUUUGUGGCUGGGUCGAGGCAUGUGGUGAUGCUGAUAUUCUGCAGGGCCCACGCAUACUCGCUGGCCAUGCCACAGGUCAAAACGGCGGUAAUGACGCCGAAAGGACCCAGAAGGAAAGAGAGCUCUACAAAAAGACCCCAAGGAACGGUAUGA